AUGUCGAUCGACCUUAACUGGGAAACCGUCACGGGCGGCCCGGAUGGCCAAGAGCUGGCCGACGGCAUCCGUGACUUCAUCCACACCAAAUUCCAGUCAGUGCCGUUACCGCGCUUCAUCAAGUCCGUCACCGUUCUCGAUUUCCAGUUCGGCGCUAUCCCACCCGACGUCGAACUCAAGGAUAUCACCGAUCCAUUACCGGAUUUCUACGAGGAUAAUGUCGAGUCCGACCUCGCUUCCGACGACUCGGACGAUGAGGAGGAUGCUGCCAGCAGCGCUCCACCGACCCCGGGUGAGCGUCGUCGCCGAGCUGAAGCCGAAAUAUUCGGGAAUAGCGCUCGGAGCCCAAGCCAUCUCCCACCGCAUUUGAUGUUUGGGGGUCCCAGCGGCCCUGGCGCGGGAAACUUGCGCAACGGGGUGACUACCCCUGGGAUUCCGGGAGGGACGUCCAACCUGCAUUAUUUCCACUCCCACUUGGCAAGCGGCCUUUCUGGGACGCAGACCCCCCUCGCGGCCGUAGCCAGCGCUCAUCACCUCAACACCGCCAAUUGGCUUGAAGGCCACGGCCACGGCCACAGUGUCUCUGUACCAAACCUCCGUGGCUACCCCAAUAUGGGAGGCGUCAACCACGAAAUAAGCCCGCAACCGGUGCCAGUUCACAACAGAAACCCGUCUCAAAGCUCUGUCUCCAUCGCCGAGUUUAGCGUAGCCGGUGGCAAUCUCGGCCCACCAUCACCCGCCAACCUCACCGUCCCUUCGCUCCGAGAGAAGCACAGCGUCUCAACACUCGCACCCACCUCCGCUGGUACAUCUCGUCCCCCCGCCCGUGACCGGGUGGCUCUUAUGGGCUCCGCCGUUGGUGACGACGAUGACGAUGACAACCACCCAUCACAACCCCAACAGCAACAAGCUAAGGAAGACGACAACAACCCACGCCUCCGCGAACGCCGUAUCGACGACAUGCAAGCCGUCUUCCGCAUCCGCUACGCCGGCGACGUCAAGCUACUCCUCACGGCCGACAUCCUGCUGGAUUACCCCAUGCCCAGUUUCGUUGGCAUCCCCGUGCGACUGAGCAUCACGGGUCUCACAUUUGACGGCGUCGGCGUUCUGGCACGGAUUAGGAAGAGGUUGCAUUUUUGUUUUUUGAGCCCCGAGGAUGCGGUUGCUGCGGUCGGGAAUGACGACGGAGAGGAGGACGAAGCCGGGCCGGGCGGCGGCAGCAGGGCUGGUGGGGGGCCGGGAAAUACCAAACUUGGCGGGUUGUUGCAGGAGAUUAGGGUGGAGAGUGAGAUUGGGCAGAGGGAGAGUGGGAAGCAGAGCCUGAAGAAUGUCGGGAAGGUGGAGAGGUUUGUGUUGGAGCAGGUGAGGAGGAUAUUCGAGGAGGAGUUUGUAUACCCCAGUUUCUGGACGUUUCUGGUUUAA